AGUUUGACACAAGACAAACUGGCUGGCAAUGGCUGGAGGUUCUCACUUCAUUUGGAUUCCCUUCCUUCUCUCCUGUGUCUUUCAAGCUUCUGACAACAGACAUGUCCAUCAGGAUGUGAAUAGUUUAAUUAGUCCUACAGGAAAUUCAGAGGUGGAGUCCAUCCUUUCAAAGAUCCCAAUAACUAUACCAGAAGGAAUAGAUCCCAAGAAUAUAAAUGUAACGUUAGUUUCUAUCAGAACUUGUGCUGAUUUGAAGGAACAGCUGACGCUGCUUAACAGGCAGCUUCAACAGACAACUCUCCACAACAGCCACCUAGAGAAUGAAGCCUUUGGGUUGAGGAGGGAAUCCAGAUUGCUGAAACAGCAGCUUGCUUCAUGCAGUUCGACAGCCUCAGCUAUUACUGGCUCUUAUCAAACCCAAUUACACAACAAAAUGAAACAGCUUCUGGAGACAUUUGAUAGUGACACAUUUCUGAUUCUGAAAACCAUUGCUCUCACCAGGGAAGUGAGUACAUUACAGAAGAAGGUCAAACAUGCUGCUAAUUCUACUGAAACUACUAUUGAAAUCCAAGUGCUGAAGAGAGAGCUGCAAGAGAAAAUCAAUGAACUGAAUGCAAAGACACAGGAGAUUGAAAGAAGCCACACUAACUCAUUACUGAUUCUUCAGAUCAUCUCACUGCAAAAUCAGAUCUGGGAUUUGGAACAGGCAAUAUCAAGAAGAGGAGAAGCUAGCCUUCAACCGGACAAGGGAAUUCUGGCUCUACAAGGCCAACUGGACAAGAAGCUCAGUGAGCUGCGAGGCAAAGGAGAUGCCGACUCAGUUAUGCUGGAGCUGAUAUCAGUGCACAGUAAGAUUGCAGUGAUGCGGAGGCUCAUCCGUGUCCACAUUGAGGAAUCCAGAACUAAUACUGCUGAUUACCAGAGGCAAUGGAGGCAAAAAGCUGAGCUCCUUAAAAAGAAGAUUUUACAGUUGAAUCGAGAUGAGAAUAACACCGAACUUACCAAGGAAAUUUUGAAACUGCAAGCAGAGGUGGAGAACUUAAGACAGUUAAUGAUAAAUGCUAAAAUCACAACUGAUUCCCAACUUACAGAGCUAAGACUUAUUUUGGAGCGGGAGAAGAAACAGCAAGAAAUCUUGGAGAAACAACUGGAGGAAGCGGAGUAUGUCCAGGCACAGCUGAUCAUGAAAAUCAUCAGCAUAAUGAAAGAGGUGAGAGAGCUGCAAGUCGAUGAGCAAGACCAGACAACAUCAACAAGUCAAGCCACCACUCUUCAGACUCUGCUUCAAGCCAAAGAAAUUGAAUAUGCCAAAGCUCAGGAUGAAAUAAAUGAGCUGCGGAGGAAACUGCAAUUAAAGAGUCAACAAUGCUCUGGUCUUGAGGGAAGAUAUGAGCAUGUAAAUACUGAAUUUGAACAGAAGAUUUUAGAACUGAACAGAACCGGGGACUUCAAAUCAGCACUCAUUCUGAACGUGAUGAAACUAUAUGAUGAGCUGAAGACUCUGAGGGAUCAGAUCUCCACCACAGAAGACCCAGAGAGGAUCUCAGAGCUGCAGAGGCAACUGGAGGAAAAGCAAGACGAACUGAACUUCAUGACUGACGAUAUAGAGAGACUGAUUGCAAACCCAAAAAGAAUUUUAACAAUCAUAGAGCUGCAGAAUGACAUGUGGGACCUUGAGACAAAGGCUGCCAAUGACACCACUGGCGACUAUGUAAAAGAGUUGCAGAACAGAGUCGAUGGCCUAAUCAGUGAAAUAGAUGACAAAGGUGACAAAAAAACAAAACUGAUGCUGAAAAUCAUAACCCUGCAGAGUCAGGUGGAGCAGCUGCAGAGUCAGUUGUCAGACAUCCAGAUGUUACGACCCACUCACAUAACCCAGCUCAGAAAUGAUCUUACGACUAAGAGGAAUGAGCUACAGAAAUAUGUCAACGAGCUGAAUGAGAAGAAUCAAACAGACACCAGGUUGAUUCUUACAGUCACCGAUCUGCGCAACCAACUCAGAAACCUAGAAAGAGAACGAAACAACAACAACAAUAUCAAAUCAUCUUUAACAAAGCUGAGGGAACAACUGAAGGCAAGCAUGGCGCAGCACUCUCGCGAUCAAGCUGAGCUUAGGGAGCUGCAGAGCAAACUGCAAUUAAAGAGUCAACAAUGCUCUGGUCUUGAGGAAAGAUAUGAGCAUUUAAAGACUGAAUUUGAACAGAAGAUUGUAGAACUGAACAGAACCGGAGACUCCAAAUCAGCACUCAUUCUGAACGUGAUAAACCUGCAUGAUGAGCUUAAGACUCUGAGGGAUCGGAUCACCACCACAGAAGACCCAGAGAGGAUCUCAGAGCUACGUAGGCAAGUGGAGGGGAAGCAAGACGAACUGAACACCAGGACUGCAGACAUAGAGAGACUUAUUGCAAACCCAAAAAUAGUUUUAACAAUCAUUGAGCUGCAGAAUGAGAUAUGGGAUCUUGAGAAAAAGGCCGCCAAUAGUGGCCGUGUGAAAGAGUUGGAGAACAGGGUGGAUGACCUUAUCAGUCAAAUAGAAGACGAAGGCGGCGAAAACACAAAACUGAUGCUGAAAAUCCUGAUGCUUCAGAGUCAGGUUGAGCAGCUGCAGAAGCGGUUGUCAGACGUCAACACAUUACAAACAUCGCAGGUAACCGAGCUCGCAAAUGAUUUCACAACUAAGAAGAGAGAGCUGCAGAAAUAUGUCAGCGAGCUGAAUGAGAAGGAUCUGGCAAACGCCAAAUUAAUUCUGACAGUCACUGAUCUGCACAACCAACUCAAAAAUCUAGACAAAUUAAAGAACGAGGGCCAAGCUGCUACUGCUACAAUUACUAAGCUGAAAGAACAACUGAAGGCAAAAGUGGAGGAGCACGCACAAGAUCAAGCUAAGAUCAAGGAUCUGCAGAAUCAGCUGACGCAGACAGAGGCACAGUGUUCCAGUUUUGACCAAACACUUAAAGAUCUGCAGAAUGACCUGGAUUCCAAAAUGAAGGAACUGCAGAACAAAUCUGACACUGUUACUACACUUGCUCUUCAGGUUUCUACAUUAACCCUGCAACUGGAGGAGCUAAAGAGACAACUGCAAAACACUGAAUCUGAAAGUAAAAUAAAAGAGCUCCAAAAAAUAAUAGAUGAGAAAACAAAUGAGUUGGCCAAAAAAACAGCGGAGCUAAAUGCAAGAAGUGCUCAGCCACAAAGAUUUCUGCAGAUUAUUGCAAUACAAACAGAGAUUGAGAGGUUUUCGAAUCUGGCAAGAAAUGACACAGAUUACGAGAAGAUUAGAGGACUCCAAAACCAUUUGAACUAUCUGAUUUCCGGAAUUCAAGAUGAAAACAGUGAAAAUACUAAACUGAUGUUUAAAAUCUUGGCUGAACAAGAUGAAAUAGCAAAACUGAAGAGGCAACAAGUGAAACAGACUCAAGAAAAAUUGAAGGAAAUUAAAGAUCUGGAGAAUGAACUAGAGGAUGUCAGAAAUCAGAUAAAAGAAAAGACACUGGUGCUGCACACCAGCGACUUGACGAUUGCUAACUUGUCGGCUCAGAUUAUGGAACUUCACAAGAAAAUCAAACCACUUGAAGAAGCCAUAUCAAUCAUUAAAGAAGAAAAUGCUGAAAACCUCGAAGAGAUUCAGAAGAGACUGGAUUUGACGAAGAGGCAACUGCAAGACAGCGAACAUCUACUUAAGGAAGCAGAUGCAAAUAAUUUUAAAUCAAUAAUGGAGAUUUCUGAUCUGAGGGCAAAACUGAAAAAGGCUCAGAAACUGGCAUCCAGAGCUUCUGGAAAAGAUAUCAGCGAGUUGGAACAACAAAUACAAACACUGAAAAAAGAGAACAGAAAUCUUGAAAACACAAAUAUAGACUUAAAGCAAGAGGUCCAAGAACUGAAAAUGUGCUGCUCUGAUGUCAACACCCAUUGUGACGAUUUACAAAGACAACUGCAACAGAGCCAUGAGGAUGCGGAUCGCCUACAGCAGCAGCUGCUUGAGAAGGAUGGCAAGCUCGACCAGCUGCAGCAGGAGUUAGAAAAACAAACCAGGGAGUAUAACAAACUGCAGGACGACUACAUCAAUCUUCAAAACAAAGUGGCUGAUGUUGAAGAUAAUACAAUCUUUGCCAGGAAGAUGACCUUGGAUCCAAACACAGCAAACCCAAGAAUAGUUCUGUCUGCAGAUAACACAGAGAUGUCCACUGCUGAAACAAUACAAAAUAUCCCAGACAAUCCAGGCCGGUUUGAUGUGGCUCUCGGUGUCCUGGGCAGUACUGGAUUCUCAAGUGGCAGACAUUACUGGGAGGUGUCUGUAGCUGGGAAGCUUUGUUACCAUCUUGGGAUGGCUAGUGAAUCUGCUGAAAGAAAGGGAAGUAUAACAUUCAGGCCGACAAAUGGUUUCUGGACCAUAGUUCUGAACAAGCAGGGUCAGUAUAAAGCUAUUGAUAAGCGGUCUGUUAUUAUUCCAGUUGAGACGCAACCUCUGACACUGGGCAUUCUGCUGGACUACAAAAAGGGACAAGUCUCUUUUUAUGAUGCUGGUGCCAGAUCUCAUAUGUACUCAUUUGUAGGUCAAACAUUUACAGAUAAAAUCUAUCCAUUUAUCAAUUUUUGUGUUGAGGACAUUGAAAGUUCUACUCCAAUAGUGUUGCUUUCUCCUGGAUCAGUUGACUGGAUAAAAUAGAGAACUGGGAAGUUUCAUCCUGUGCGUCAAAUCUUAACCAUGCAUCUAAUCAUCUUAGUAGCCAUUCCAUGUGACUGCAGAAUAGUUAUUACACAUAUUUCUGUUACUACAGUUGCUGAAUGUUUCAAACAAUAAUAAAAAAUAUGAAACAAUGAA